AUGGCUCCAGAUAAUGACAAUUUGGAAGGAGUUGCGGAUCAGGCUCUUCUUCUUCUCACACAGAUGAAAAGAAAUCCCGACGUUAUGCCACCUUACAAUGAAGAAGCUAUGAGAGCAUGUAUCGCUAAAAUGAACGAGCUGUAUAAUCAGAAUAACGAAUGCGUAACACGUCUUCGGUCACAAGGUGAACGGGCAAGCCGGGAACUCGAAGCAGUGAUGAUUUGUCGGAAUGAGGCCCUUCAGCAUAUUCGGAGGUGCUGCUUAGCAUAUAUCCAUGCUCGCGCCGAGAGGAUAAGAUCGUAUCGUUGGCGGCUGGGAGGGGUACUACCAGCGUCAGUGAAGAAUAAUCUAUGCGAAGCAGAAAUCGAGUUUUUCAAUGAGUACUGUAGCAGUUUGGCGGAGUUCCAAGCCGGAAUAGGUGAAAACGGUG